AACAAAGUUUGAAGCUAUUUUUGAUUUGUAUUCCUCCUUUCAUCGAUGCAUCAAGACUUCACAACUGCCUGACAGUGACAUUAUUUGUUUAUUCUUUCUGGCCAAUGUUUGCAGCGAGUAGUGUAAAUUGAACUCUAAAUCCCGCAUUGGCUACAACAGAGUCGGGUGCUGAGGGGAAUUUCAAGUUCACGAUGUCCAACGCAAAUUUCAUGGAUGACCUGAGUGUUUGAUCUAGAAUCGACAUCUAAAGCAGCUCGACUUCUCAUGGACAUGACCAUUCCUGAGUAGUGAUGUAAUUUCUAGUUUCCAAAUAGUUGGAAUCGUAGCAAUACUCUCUGCAGAUCUGGAUAGCCGCCUGCGAGGAGGUUACCUUCUAAAUCUCGAGAGAGUUUACUCUCGAUCUCCACAGUCAAUAUGAAGCUCAACAUUGAUGGCUUGCUGGUCUACUUCCCUUACGAGUACAUCUACCCGGAACAGUAUUCGUAUAUGCUGGAGCUGAAACGUUCUCUCGAUGCAAAGGGUCACUGUGUGCUGGAAAUGCCUUCAGGCACCGGCAAGACCAUCACUCUUCUCUCACUCAUCAUUGCCUACAUGGAGGCUAAGCCACAUGUCAUCAGCAAGUUGAUCUAUUGCUCCAGAACUGUACCCGAAAUUGAAAAGGUUCUAGAAGAGUUGAAAUACCUUCGGGAGUACAUCGCCAAGGAGACGGGCACUGAGCCGCACCUCGUCGGCCUUGCUCUCAGCUCUCGUAAGAACCUCUGCAUCCACCCAGAGGUCAGUCAAGAGCGCGAUGGUCGCAUUGUGGACAGCAAAUGUCACGGCAUGACAGCGUCUUACGUGAGAGAGCGGAGGCAGCAGGAUGAAAACGUGGAAACGUGCGGUUACUUUGAGGGAUUUGAUCUAACCGGCAAAGACACACCAUUGGAACCCGGCAUAUAUAGCUUGGAGGACCUGCGUGUGCUUGGCCGGAAGCGUCGCCACUGCCCGUACUUCAUGGCGCGAUAUGCGAUCACUCAUGCAAACAUCAUCGUGUACAGCUACCACUAUCUCCUGGAUCCCAAAAUUGCAGAUAUGGUGUCGAAGGAGCUGCAGCGGCAGUCGGUUGUUGUGUUUGACGAGGCCCACAACAUUGAUAAUGUCUGUAUCGAGUCAAUGAGUGUCAACAUAAGUCGGCGGACUCUGGACCGAACUCAUACCAGCAUUGACAACUUGCAAGCAUCCCUGACAAAGAUCAAGGAGACCGACGCGGCUCGGUUACGUGGUGAAUAUCAGCGGCUUGUCGAAGGUUUACGAGAUGCAAGUGUCGCCAGGGCAACUGAUAUCCAUCUGUCCAAUCCAGUGCUUCCAGAUGAAAUUCUCGAAGAGGCUGUGCCAGGUAAUAUUCGCAAUGCCGAGCACUUCGUUGCGUUCAUGCGCCGAUUUGUCGAGUACUUGAAGACUCGGUUACGAGUUCAGAACGUUGUGUCAGAGACUCCACAAUCGUUCUUGCUGGACUGUUACAAGCAGGUGAUGAUCGACAAGAAGCCACUCAGAUUCUGCUCUGAGCGUUUGCGCUCGCUGAUGCAGACGCUGCGUCUGGAGGACAUCACCAACUACUCGUCGCUGACCCUGAUCGCAAACUUUGCAACGCUGGUCAGUACGUACAGUAAAGGAUUUAACAUUCUUAUUGAGCCGUAUGAUGACUACUCGCCCACCAUCUACAAUCCAGUGCUGCAUUUCAGCUGCAUGGAUGCAUCCAUUGCCAUCAAACCGGUGUUUGAUCGUUUCCAGUCGGUGGUCAUCACAUCUGGUACUCUGUCUCCUCUGGACAUGUAUCCAAAGAUCUUAGGUUUCCAACCUGUAACAAUGGCAUCGUUCACCAUGACGUUGACAAGGCCGUCCAUUUGUCCUCUGAUUGUGACACGCGGGAACGAUCAAGCUGCAAUGUCCUCCAAGUACGAGUCCAGGGAUGAUACAUCGGUGGUGCGUAACUAUGGCAACCUGCUAAUGGACCUGGCUGCAGUCGUUCCGGACGGCUUGGCGUGUUUCUUCCCCAGUUACUCCUACAUGGAAUGUGUGAUAGCAACUUGGGCUGACCAGGGCAUCAUUGCCAAGAUCCAACGCUAUAAGUUGAUCUUUGUUGAGACGCAAGAUGCUGCGGAGACUACGGUUGCUCUCGAACACUAUCAGAAGGCAUGCUGCAAUGGCCGCGGUGCCAUUCUUCUCUCGGUGGCAAGAGGCAAAGUGUCGGAAGGUAUCGAUUUCGAUCACCAGUAUGGAAGAGCUGUCAUCAUGUUUGGUAUCCCGUACGUCUACACCCAGUCAAGAAUACUCAAGGCACGACUGGACUAUUUGCGACAGAACUACCUGAUUCGCGAGAAUGACUUCUUGACGUUUGAUGCAAUGCGCCAUGCUGCUCAGUGUGUUGGUCGUGCACUACGAGGCAAGACAGACUACGGUAUCAUGGUAUUUGCAGACAAGAGGUUUUCUCGAAUGGACAAGCGUGGCAAACUACCUAAGUGGAUCCAGGAUCAUCUCAAAGAUUCAGUGUCCAAUUUAUCAGUGGAGGAGUCUGUGCAGUGCUGCAAGCGCUUCUUGAAGCAGAUGGCACAGCCAUUCCGCCAGGAGGAUCAGCUUGGCCUGUCACUACUCACCAAGGAGCAGGUGGCUCAGCAGGAGAAGAAGCGAGUGCAGACCGACAGUGUGGCCGGUGGUCGCGUGGAGAGCAUGGACAUUUCCUGAGAUGGUCUUGUGGGCGUGAUGGGAACAAAGAACUGACCUCAUCAGACUGCUUACUACCUACCAGGGAUUACUACUCCCUGCUGCCUCUCGACAUGUGUUGAUAAGUCGGUCCUUGACCUGGCAGUGACGAACUGCAGUAGCUGUGAAUUGGAACAUGUACCGUGCAAUAGACUGCAAGCCCGACAAGUAUGUUGGUGUGUGUAUGUGAGCAACACUGUGUUGUGUCCUACCCAACUGACGCCGGUGCCCAUUUCAAUACAUGAUUGCACAGCUGUUGUUGUUUUUUUAUCCUGUUUUUAACCUAGUAUACAGCUGGGGACAUUACCAUGUACCUGGUAUCACCAUCCAAUUUGUACAAAAGUUUUAUUUUCUAAGAACAUGAAAACAGAAAAUGGGUUAGCGAUAACUGUGAUUUUCCUAGAAUAUUCUGAAUUUUGCAGAAUGAGCAUAAUCUUUCAUGAAAUAUCUCUCUGCAAGCUUCCAAAGCUCUGAGUCAUUGAAUAAAUAUUAAUGCUGGGAAAAAAAGAACAGAAAAUCUUGAAUUCAA